AUGAUUGCGAAGGUAUUCUUUGUGGCCGUGAUAUUCUCAGUGCUCCUCAUGAGCGCUACCGAUGCAGCUCGAAUAAGGGCCGACCGUUUAGUUCCAGGUGGACCCAAUCCUAUGGAGCCACCACCAACACCGGUGAGGAUCGACCGUUUAGUUCCCGGUGGACCCAAUCCUAUGGAGCCACCACCAACACCGGUGAGGAUCGACCGUUUAGUUCCCGGUGGACCCAAUCCUAUGGAGCCACCACCAACACCGGUGAGGAUCGACCGUUUAGUUCCAGGUGGACCCAACCCUAUGGAACCACCACCGACACCAACAGCAACGACAAAGAACUGA